AUGGCAGCGUCAGAUCGUAAAGACUCAGCUGUGUUUCAGCCGCCAGCAUGGAUGCUCGCUGCCGCCGAACAGGCCAAGAAGGCAGCAGGCGAAUCGCCACAAGAGCUCGCAAAGCAGGUGCAGAACAGCAAAGCAGAGAUUGAGGCGAAUGGCGAAGGACACCAAAAGAAGAUGCGCGCGCUGCAGGGCAAGUUGUCCGAACUAGGUGCAGACAAGGACUGGAAUGUUUUCAAGACCGCACAGGUUGAAGAGAUAGGAGUCGUUGCGCAAGGAAAAACAGCUGUGUUAGAAGUCAAGCCCAUGGCCAUCACCACACAAGCUACUAGUAAGGCUGGAAAGCGCAAGGUUCUGGCACAGAAGCCAGAAGAACGGCGUACAAAGAAGGAGCAGGUACGAAAGAAGCAGAAGGAAGAGGCAGAGAAGAAGGCCGAGGGUCUUAAAAAGCAGACGAAGGACUUGCCUGUCAGUACUGUGAGAGCACAGUCUACAACCACAGGCGCAUUGCAACCUGGAACGACAACUGCAACUGUACUCCAUGAACAAUCGACAAAGAUGCCAGAUACUAUGGCCACUGACAACAACAAACUCGUCCCCGUCCCAUCAAGCAACUCGUUAGUUCCCGCCACAGACGGAAAAGAGCAGUAUCCCGUCCGGUCCACACUGCCAGACUGGUACACAUCUAUCCCUCUUGAGCACGCCAAGAUGAAAGCCAUUUCCAAGAAGCGACCCCAAGAACUGGCCACGCUCGACGGCCUCAAAGCAUGCAUGGCGCAAUGCCAGACGGCCAACCCCACUCAACUUGCCAACCAAUAUGAUAACCUCCGAGACUACAUCCACAGGGCUGAGAUUCAACUCCCAGUGACAUGCUAUCUCCUCCGCAAAUCCAACAUGCUUUCCCCCACAGCCGGCCUCCCCCUCAUCUUCGCCGCGUCCGCUAACUUCCCCGAUGACAUCAAAUCAGACGCCUUCCAACUGUAUACACGCUGGUACAAGGGCGACUUCGACCAAAACAUACUCCGCGGCAUCGAAACUUCCAAAAGCAACACCCACACCGGAGACCGCAUCGCACCCGCGUACCGCGAGAAAUUCCCCGCCUCAGCAAAAUACUUCGGCCAAGGUGAUCUCGUGCUCGGACAAUGGUGGCCAACACAACUGUGCGCCUUACGCGACGGCGCCCACGGCAACCCACAAGGCGGCAUCUACGGCGAAAAAAACCAAGGCGCAUACUCCAUCAUACUCUCCGGCGGCCACAGCACCACGGAUUCGGACAACGGCGACGUCAUCGAAUACAGCGGCACCGAAGGAAAAAACUUUUGUCCCACAGACGUCACCAACUUCAUGUUGCUAUCCUCCAAGGUUAAAAACCCCAUUCGCGUCUUACGCUCCAGCCACCUCCCGAAGAAGAAUCCGUAUCGCCCGGAUAAAGGGCUGAGGUAUGAUGGCUUGUACACUGUCACUGGUGUUGUCGUGACCGAUCAGAUGACGGCGAUGCAUCGGUUUACGCUGGAGCGGUGUGAGGGCCAGGCCGAGAUUCGGUAUGAAGGUAAAGGGAAGAGGCCGACGCUUUGGGAGGUUGCUGCGUAUGAGAAGUUGAAGGCGGAGUCGGCGUGGGAGCUUGUGGCUAAGAAGCCGGUUGAGCAGACGCGGUCAGGUGAUCAGGUCAAGCAGGCGAGACCAAGUUCGGGGGUAAAGGCGGUGAAACCGGGUGACCAGGCGAGACCGGAUUUGGGGGUGAAGCCAGUCGAACAGGCGAGGCCAGCUUCUCAGGUCAAUCAGGCGAGACCGGAAUGGGGAGGAGUAAAACCAGUCGACCAGACAAGACCAGGCGAUCAGGUCAACCAGACAAGGCCACGUUAUCAGAGCUAUCACCCCAACCAGCGGAGACCAACCUGGGGCGAUCAAACUCGAUCAAAGCAUCAGUCCAACCCAGUCGACCAGCCAAAACCAGAUCAUCAGCCCAGCCCACUCCCAGUCGCGCCGAAAAAACCAGUCGACCAGACUCAGCCAGGCGAUCAAGUCAUUCCCACAAGGACACGUUAUCAGAGCUACCAGCCCAACCAGCCGAGACCAACCUGGGGCAAGCCAGUCAACCAGCCCAAACCAACUAUUCAAGCCAACCCACUCCCAGUCGCGCUGAAGAAACCAGCCAAGAAAGUCAGCUUCGCCGCCCUGCCACCACGAGUUGACAACAAGCCUUGGAGAUGA